GGGCCGUCCCGACUGAAAAUUGCGAUGAAUCAAUAAUUAUUGCACAACAGAUGAUUAGACAUGACAUGCACCACGUAUGAAAAUCAAGGCGACCUUAGCAGCGGAAAGUGUGAAUUUGUUCAGCAAUUUGACUAGUUUAGGACAUUCCUAGGAAGCCCCUAAGCCGUGUAUUGCAUUGCCUACUUCGAUACAUCUUUUGGAACGAGGUUGAACAAUGUCUUCUCCAUCGUACACGUGUAUUUCAUGCCGCGUGGCAUUCGCUAAUGCUGACCUCCAGAGGGCGCACUACAAAUCUGAUUGGCACCGAUACAACUUGAAACGCAAGCUGGCAGAGAUGGUUGCCGUCACAGCUGAGGAGUUCAAACAGCGUGUCUUGGACAAACAGGCACAGACGACAGACGCCCCACAGGACUCAUCCACAAUCUGCAAGGUUUGCAGUAAACAUUUCAACACAGGGAAUGCGUUUACUAAUCACAUGCAGUCCAAGAAACACAAGGAAACUGAGGCUCGUAUUGCAAGGCAACUUCAGGCAGAGGUUGAAAAGAGAAAUGAGAAAAAUCGUGAGAAAGGACUUGAAGAUGAGUUAACCUCAAAAACUGGAGAAACAGUUGCAGCUGGAGAUAAUAAAGUAGUUGGGCCCUCUGUUGACAAGAGCAAGAAGACAGAAGAAAAGUCCAUUGGUGGAAAGAUACAGAGUCAACCAAUGGGUGCUAGCUCAAGUCAGGACGUGGAAAUGGCCGAUGAGGAAGAUGGAGAAUGGGAGGAGAUUGAAGGAGAACCAAUCUCUGUCACAGAUUGUCUAUUUUGUAGUCACUCAUCUAGGUCUGUUGUGAACAACUGCAAACACAUGACACAGUCUCACAGUUUCUUCCUUCCCAACGUAGAGUUUUUGGUCGACCUAGAAGGAUUACUUGCAUAUCUUGGUGAGAAGGUUGGCUGUGGUUUCAUGUGUCUAUGGUGUAAUGAAAAGGGUCGCUCAUUCUUCUCACUGGAUGCAGUACAGAGACAUAUGAGAGAUAAAGGUCAUUGUAAGCUACAGUAUGAGGGAGAUAUGAUCUAUGAAUACGCAGAGUUCUUUGACUUCAGAAAGAGCUACCCUGACAGUGCAGAUCGUGUUACAUCAGGUGAUACAGAAGAAGCUGAUAGUGACGAUGAAGAAGUAGAUGAAAGUGCAUUGCAACUACAACAAGAUGGAUUUGAAUUGGUCCUACCAUCAGGUUCUCGUAUCGGACACAGAGAACUCCAGCGCUACUUCAGACAGAAUAUUCCAGCCACUCGCCAGAUAGUCAAGAGAAAUAGUGAAGUGAUUGGCAGAAUAAUGACGCAGUAUAAAGCAUUGGGAUGGAGUGGAAAUAAAGGAGAAGCAGCAAGCAGAAGGAUUCGAGAUAUGCGCUUUGUCCAGAAAUACCGAUCAAGAAAAGAUCUUCAUCUUGCUGUCAAAGCCAACAAGUUCCAGCCUCACCUUCGACCCCAAGUCAUCUUCUAGACACAUGGUGCACUUUCUCUUUUGUCUCUCUUCUAUUUUUUCCCAUUUGAUUUGAUAAAUGUUUACACACGCGGUUCUUUAAUCCCCUGUUGUACAAUAGAAAAACAUUGUCGGAAAGAUAUGAUCAUCCAAAUGCUUCACAUUUUUUUUGCAGGACUCUGUACAUUAUGAAAUGUUCAUAACAAAUAUUUCUUUAUAAAUAAAAUAUUCUUAUAUAGUCCAUUUCACAAUAACGUCUCAAUGCGCUUUACAUUAGCACCCUGGUCAUUGGGCCAACAACAUCCCUUUAAUCUUUCUCAGCUCCCUGGGGAGUUUACAGCCCGAGCUGCAGUGGCACUCCGAAGGACAGAAUCAACCUCCACCCUCGCUAUACCCAUUUAUACCCUUGGGUGAAGAGAAGAAAUUAGUGAAAUUAUAAUAAAGCAUCUUGCUCAGGGACACAAGUGUCAUGACCCGGAUUCGAACCCGCACUCCAAUGACUUAACCACCAGAACUUGAGUUUGAUGCUCUAAACAAUUACUUUCUAAAGACAUUUUCUUUCAAGCCAGUGAAGUAAAAAUUUGUAUUUGUUCCAGCUUUUCGCCCUCUUCAGCAAAGGUUAACAAGAAAUAUCUUUUGAUAUUAAUGACAGUAAUGAUUUAAAGUUUAUUUUUAAACAGAAACUCAUGAAAAAAUAACAAAAAAUUAUGAACAAAACAGGUUUAAUAAUAAACAGUACACAAAAACCCAAACUUCAUGACUGCUUUGCAGCUCUGGUUUAAUGAAAUAAUAUAAUAACGGUUCUUUCAACUGAUUACAAAUUAAUGUAAGUAAUAUUUUGAAUCUUGUUGCUGACUAUCAAAUCAGGCAAGUUAAUCAAUAACACUACAUCAAUAGUAUCUGAAUUGGCAGUAACAGAAUGCUAGUACAGAAUUACCUGAAUAAUGGGGAAAAAACGUUUAAAGUCUUCUGCCACCUAGAGUUCUAAAGUCUCCCAUUGAUACAAAUCUUGCAAAACUUCAAACCAUCAAGGUUCGAUACUGGAUUUUAAAGACAAUAUGGCUUCUGUGAUCCGUCAUAAACAUGAUGACCAUAGGAUGGAACAUUUUACAUCUCAAAUAUUGUUCUUCAUUUGAUUUGAUUUGAUUUGAUUUACUAGUUAACAUCAUGAGUAAAUUGUCCUAAAUAAACCCUUGACCACCAUCAGAGUAAAUCAAAAUGAACAAUUGUAGAUUUUAUGCAUGGUCCGGUUAUUUGUGUAAAACCUCAUGGAAGUUGUACAAUAAAACAAUCUGAUUGAUAGAAAUGCAAUCAAAACAGUGUUCACCUUUUUGAGAAUUAAAGACAGUGCUCAAGUUGUUAUUAAGCCUGUAUGCCUUCAGGUAGUUCUGUCAGCAUGUUUAUUUUACUCCUUUUCU